CCUUUCUCUACAAGGUUGUAAUUUGACACAGUAGACUGCAGUUCUCUCUCGGCAAUGAUCUUGCUGAACAUCGGAAGCACUUGAUUUGAAGGAAAAUGAACUGAAGGAUGCUGUGCAAGAAAAGAAUCGCCUGAGCCUUCAGUAUGCAAGUGUGUCCCACAAAGCACUGCAAUAUGACCAGGUAAAAUCAGACUAUGACCAUCUUAGAGAAACCCUUCUCAGAGUGACCAAAGAACGAGAUUUGGCUGUAAAGGGAAAACACCAGCUCCAAGCCAAGCUGGAGAACUUAGAGCAGGUCCUAAAGCAUAUGCGAGAGGCUGCUGAACGGCGGCAACAGCUGGAGUUGGAGCAUGAGCAAGCCUUGGCUGUUCUCAACGCCAAACAGCAGGAAAUUGAACUCCUGCAGAAGGCUCAGGUUGAAGCUAAGAAGGAACAUGAAGGAGCAGUUCAAUUACUAGAGGCCAAGGUCCGAGAGCUAGAGGAGAAAUGUCGGACACAGAGCGAACAAUUUAACCUCUUGUCCAGAGAACUGGAGAAAUUUCGACAGCAAGCAGGGAAGAUUGAUCUCCUGAGCAGUAACUCGGUGGCAUCCUCAGAUAUCCCUGGUUCUCCUGGUAAAUCUCUAUCCCAGUUAAUGAAUGGAAUAGCCACUUCUAUAGGCAAAGGUCAUGAAAGUCCUUCUGGAAGUCGUUGUGUGAUUUCAGAGUUUAUACGACCCCUUCAGAUAUCUGGAGACAAACCAGAACAAUUGUCUGUCAAACCUACAUUCCUGUCCAAGUCAAGAUCUGCUACUCCAAGAUGCAGAUUUGAUUCAGACAUGGAUAAUGAUCAGAAUUCCAAUACCUCAAAGCAGAGAUAUUCUGGGAAAGUCCAUCUUUGCAUUGCCCGUUAUAGUUACAACCCUUUUGAUGGACCAAAUGAAAAUCCAGAAGCAGAGCUCCCCCUUACGGCAGGAAAAUAUCUUUAUGUGUAUGGAGAUAUGGACGAAGAUGGCUUUUAUGAAGGGGAACUUCUAGAUGGACAAAGAGGACUAGUCCCUUCAAAUUUUGUAGAUUUUGUUCAAGACAAUGAGACCCGGUUAUCAAGCACAUUAAGCAGUGAACAAGAUCAGAAUUUUAUCAACCAUUCGGGUCCUACUUUGGAAGGAGAUCUCUUGGAGAUAAGUCCACCAAGUCACGUAGACUCUAGUGUAAUCAGCAAUGGCGGAGGGACUCUGGAUGUGAACAUUGAUGAAAUUGGAGAAGACAUUGUGCCUUAUCCUAGAAAAAUCACCCUUAUUAAACAACUAGCCAAAAGUGUCAUUGUGGGCUGGGAGCCACCAGUAGUGCCACCCGGAUGGGGAACCAUUAGCAGCUAUAAUGUUCUGGUUGACAAAGAAAUACGGAUGAACGUAGCCUUGGGAAGCAGAACGAAAGCUCUUAUAGAAAAGCUUAACAUUUCUACUUGUACAUACCGAAUAUCAAUUCAGAGCAUUACAAACAAGGGUAACUCAGAUGAACUGCAGUGCACUUUGUUAGUUGGGAAGGAUGUCAUAGUAGCCCCCUCUAAUCUUAAAGUGGAUAAUAUAACCCAGAUUUCUGCUGAGCUGUCCUGGCUCCCUACAAAUAGUAAUUACAGUCAUGUGAUCUUUCUUAAUGAAGAAGAAUUUGACAUUGUCAAGGCUGCUAGCUACAAGUACCAUUUUUUUAAUUUGAAGCCCAAUAUGGUCUACAAGGUGAAGGUCGUGGCAAAGCCCCAUCAGAUGCCCUGGCAGCUUCCCCUGGAACAACGAGAAAAAAAGGAAGCCUUUGUGGAAUUUUCUACAUUGCCAGCAGGUCCUCCAGCUCCACCCCAAGAUGUUACUGUACGGGUUGGGUCCACCCCAGCAACCAUACAGGUGUCCUGGAAACCACCAACUCUGACAGCAACAGGGACCUCCCAUGGCGCCAAUGUCACAGGCUAUGGUGUUUAUGCAAAAGGUCAACGGGUGGCAGAAGUGAUCUAUCCGACAGCAGAGAACACAUUGGUGGAGCUAAUGAGACUAAGAAGUUUGGAAGCAAAGGAACUUACAGUUCGAACGCUCUCUGCACAAGGGGAAUCAGUGGACUCUUCUGUUGCUGCCAUUCCAUCUGACCUACUGGUGCCUCCAACCCCUCACCCCAGAACUGCUCCCAAAUCUAAGCCAUUAGCAAGUGCCGGAGCCCCAGAAACCAAAGAAGAACAUUUAGGUCCACAUUUAAAAAUGGAUGAGUCAUGGGAGCAGACUCGUUCAGCAUCCCCUGUUCAUGGACACAUGCUUGAGCCACCUGCUCCUAACUUUCCCAGCCCGCUUCAGGGGAGGAGGUCUCCAUCGCCUAACCGAAUACUCCCUCAACCUCAAGGCACACCUGUCCCAAAUACUGUCGCAAAAGCCAUGGCAAGAGAAGCUGCACAACGAGUUGCAGAGAGCAAUAGGAUGGAGAGAAGGAGUGUUUUUAGUGAAAGGAGUAACGCAGCCCAGUACGCUAACUCAGAUGAUGAAGAAGAUGGCUAUGAUUCUCCUAAUAUCAAAAGAAGGGGAGCUUCAGUUGAUGAUUUCCUGAAAGGAUCAGAACUUGGAAAGCAACCUCACUAUUGCCAUGGUGAAGAGUACCAUACAGAGAGCAGCAGAGGUUCUGACUUGUCUGAUAUUAUGGAAGAAGAUGAGGAAGAGCUGUACUCUGAAAUGCAGCUGGAGGAUGGAGGAAGGCGACGAGUCAGUGUGACUUCACACAAUGCACUUAAGGAGUGCGAUAAGAAUAAGAACACUGAAGCCACAUUUUUGGAACAGCCUGACUUUUCACAGCAGAUACAUCACAGUAAAAAGCUUUUCAGUAUUCCAGAAGUAGCUGAAGAGGAUGGUGAAUACUCUGAACUGCUGUACAAGCAGGGUUUAGGUAUGCCCUAUAAAAAGAAUCCCACAAUAGCUAGAGACUCUAGACUACCUAGGCCCUACAAUCAAGACCAGCAGCACAACUUCUGGUACCCAACCAAGCACAGAAUUUCAGGCAUGGAGGAUUUUGCUGCAGACGACAAAGGAUGUAAAUAUAGCCGAUCCUUAUCGAGAAGCCCAGACAGUGGACUUGACUGUGGAAGUGAAGAAGAAGAAUCUCGGUUCAAUUUCAGAUAUACUUGUGAUUCAGUUUCUGCCAACGUUGCAUCUAGCUGUUGUGCAGAGACUGUUAACUGUUCCUGCAGGAAAAGCAUGAGGCCAUUGCUUGCUCGCAGGAAAACUUUAACCAGACAAACCAGCAUCGAAGAAGAUUUUGGUGACCUGGGUCCUUCCUUUGUAGAGCCCAGGAGUGAACAGGUCAAGCCCAGUUACGAGAAAAAGUAUGAGACUCAGAAAUGUAAUAGAACAGAUAAUUUGUCUAAUGAAGAUGUUCAGGGAGGCUGGAAGACCGACUUAAAAAUGGCUGACUCUAGGGCAGCUGGUCUACUUGCAAAGCCAUCCCACAGAGAUGCAGAAGACUCUCUGCUUUUAGGUAAUCCAUCAUCCGCAGGACGGCCUGAAAGGGCGGAGCAUGCAGGGCGAAGGUCCUCUCAUGGCAGUGCAGUGCCACAAAGGUCUCGACCAAUGUUGGUCCCUUCCAUUGAUGGCUAUGGUGGUCGUGACCAUCUUUCUCCAGAUAUUUAUGAAGAAUCAGAAACAGAUCCUGGCACAGAGGAUAUUUGUACUCGAAUAUUUGUUGCACUCUUUGACUACGAUCCACUGACAAUGUCCCCAAAUCCUGAUGCUGCAGAAGAGGAGCUGCCCUUUAAAGAAGGACAGAUCAUUAAG